UUAAGGCUCCCAAUUCCCAGGGCAGGAGAGGUUCUUGGACUGGUGGGAACUAAUGGAAUUGGAAAGUCAACAGCACUCAAGAUCCUAGCUGGGAAAGUGAAACCAAACCUCGGCAAAUUUGAUGAUCCUCCAGAUUGGACAGAAAUCUUGAAGUAUUUCCGUGGAUCUGAGCUACAAAAUUAUUUUACUAAGAUUCUUGAAGAUGACUUAAAGGCUAUAAUCAAGCCCCAAUAUGUGGACCAGAUUCCCAAGGCUGUCACGGGAAGUGUGAAGUCAAUCCUAAACAAGAAAGAUGACACUAACACACAAGUCCAUGUGUGUGAACAGUUGGAUUUGACCAAACUUACAGAACGAAAGGUGAACGAACUUUCUGGAGGUGAACUGCAAAGAUUUGCAUGUGCUGUUGUCUGUAUACAGCAGGCAGAUGUAUAUAUGUUCGAUGAACCAUCAAGUUAUUUGGAUGUCAAACAACGUUUGAAGGCUGCGCUCACGAUACGAUCCUUAGUUGAUGCCAACAAAUACGUAAUCGUCGUUGAGCACGACUUAAGCGUGUUGGAUUAUUUAUCUGACUUCAUUUGUUGUUUGUAUGGUGUACCUGGUGCGUACGGUGUGGUCACUAUGCCCUUCAGUGUAAGAGAAGGUAUCAACAUAUUUCUUGAUGGAUACGUCCCCACCGAGAAUCUUAGAUUUAGAGAGGUGUCUCUCAUUUUUAAAGUAUCAGAAAAUGCUGAAGAGGAGGAGAUAAAGAGAAUGAGUCGCUAUAGUUACCCCAAAAUGGAAAAGUCACUUGGUGAAUUUAACCUGAAUGUUGAACGAGGCGAAUUCACCGAUUCUGAAAUCGUUGUUUUACUUGGUGAGAAUGGAACAGGGAAGACAACCUUUAUCCGAAUGAUGGCAGGCCAUCUCAAACCAGAUGAUGAAUCAGUGACGGUACCUCAAUUGAACAUAAGUUACAAACCUCAGAAAAUAAGUCCAAAGUCUACGGACACAGUACAGCAGUUGCUGCACAAGAAGAUACGGGACUCCUACGUACAUCCACAAUUCAUCACUGACGUUAUCCGACCGCUGCAAAUUGAAAACCUUUAUGAUCAGGAAGUAGGUUUAAUAUGCGAUUUGAAGAUUUAGUAAUUACAUAUUAAA